GCUUUAGUUUCAGUUUGGCGCUUCCAGUGCGAAGACCAAUCUACUUUAAAAAUUGAAAAAAAAACGUUCUAUAAUCUUUUGUGAAUUUUCAAAACUUCUAAAGUCUAAAUCUAAAUAAAACGUCACUGUGCUAUCAUCAAUAUAAGAUUCAGAUAUUAAAUCAAUCAAGAAAUGAGUCCCCCAGCAUUGUUAAGCAAAGAUGUUCCCGACAUCGAGAACUUAUUGAGUUUAAAUCCUCGAGUUAAGAGCAAAUGCUCACUUGUUCCAACUUCGAGUACGAAAGUUAUUAAAAAGCAAUGGAAAAGAAAUACUGAUCAUUCGUGUGCUGCUCCAGUAAAAUUGAAGAAUAAUUUUGAAGACAUCAAACAUACAACUCUAUCGGAACGUGGUGCCCUCAAAGAAGCUGCAAGGUGUUUGAAGUGUGCAGAUGCUCCUUGCCAGAAAUCAUGUCCCACUCAAUUGGAUAUCAAAAGCUUUAUUACGAGCAUCGCCAAUAAGAAUUACUACGGAGCUGCCAAAGCGAUUUUUUCCGAUAAUCCUCUUGGACUGACCUGUGGCAUGGUUUGUCCUACUAGUGACUUAUGUGUCGGAGGGUGUAACUUGCAGGCCUCCGAAGAGGGACCAAUCAACAUCGGUGGCUUGCAGCAUUACGCCACAGACGUUUUCAAGCAAAUGGGCGUGAAACAGAUCGUUCCACCAGGACAAAAGCCAUUGGCACAGCCAAACAAAAAAAUCGCUCUGCUAGGAGGAGGACCAGCGUCAUUGUCUUGUGCAACAUUUCUAGGACGUUUGGGAUACAAGGAUAUUAUAAUCUAUGAAAAGCGCUCAUACUUAGGAGGUCUUAGCUCAUCUGAGAUCCCACAAUAUCGACUUCCAGUUGAAGUGGUUGAUUUUGAAAUUCAACUAGUGAAGGAUCUGGGAGUGAAGAUCGAAACUGGACGAUCUUUAUCAACCAAGGACUUAACUGUUUCGGGUCUACUUUCUUCAGGCGUUGAUGCAGUCUUCCUCGGAAUUGGAUUGCCAGAACCAAAACUUGAUCCGAUUUUUAAAGGUCUUGACGAAUCUACUGGGUUUUAUACGUCAAAAAGUUUCCUUCCUCAAGUCGCGAACGGAAGUAAACCAGGACUAUGUGCUUGCAAAGCAAGUCAGGCUUUACCUCAAUUAUAUGGCAAUGUUAUCGUAUUGGGUGCUGGAGAUACUGCCUUUGAUUGUGCGACAUCAGCUCUACGAUGUGGUGCUAAAAGAGUGUUUGUGGUAUUCCGCAAGGGUUCAUCAGGAAUCAGAGCGGUUCCAGAAGAAGUUGAGCUGGCUAGAGAGGAGAAAUGUGAAUUUAUGCCGUAUUUGUCCCCACUGAAGGUUAUUGUUAAGGAUAAUAAGAUUACGGGAAUGGAAUUCUGUAGAACCGAACAGGAUGAAAACGACAAAUGGAUUGAAGACAAGGAACAAACUACCAGAUUGAAGGCAAACUUUGUCAUCUCAGCUUUUGGAUCUGGUCUUUAUGACCCAGAAAUCAUUAAUGCCUUGAGUCCAAUAGCACUAGACAAAUGGAGUCUACCAAAAAUAGACUACACAACCAUGCAAAGUUCUGAGAAGAAUGUUUUCUGUGGAGGAGAUCUGGCUGGCGUUGCUAAUACAACUGUUGAGUCUGUGAAUGAUGGAAAGACUGCUGCCUGGCACAUGCAUUGCUACUUACAGCGACUUCCAUUGACUACACCUCCCGAAUUACCACUCUUCUAUACCGACAUUGACAAAGUUGACAUAUCUGUGGAAAUGUGCGGUCUUAAAUUUGAGAAUCCAUUUGGUUUAGCUUCGGCUCCACCAACUACAAGUGCUGCAAUGAUUCGUCGUGCUUUCGAACAGGGCUGGGGAUUUGUUGUCACAAAGACAUUUGGUCUCGAUAAGGACUUGGUGACAAAUGUUUCUCCCAGAAUCGUAAGAGGCUCAACGUCUGGCUACAAUUAUGGCCCACAGCAAGGUUCGUUCCUUAAUAUCGAAUUGAUUUCCGAGAAACGCUCCGAAUAUUGGUUCAGGUCCAUCGCUGAGUUAAAGAAGGAUUUCCCCGAAAAGAUUGUCAUUGCGAGUAUCAUGUGUUCAUAUAAUGAGGCUGAUUGGGUUGAACUAGCUUCCAAGGCAGAGGCUUGUGGAUCUGAUGCUCUUGAGUUGAAUCUCUCUUGUCCCCACGGUAUGGGUGAGUCCGGCAUGGGAUUGGCAUGUGGACAAGAUCCGGUGUUGGUUGAGAACAUAGCCAAAUGGGUUAGGAAAACUGUCAAAAUUCCGUUCUUCGUCAAACUCACUCCCAACAUCACGGAUAUUGUGUCAAUCGCAAUGGCAGCUAAACGCGGUAACGCCGAUGGAGUUUCGGCUAUCAAUACCGUUCAGGGACUUAUGAGUCUCAAGGCUGAUGCAACUCCCUGGCCAGCGGUUGGUGCCGAUAAGAAGACAACUUAUGGUGGAGUGUCUGGAAAUGCAACACGCCCCAUGGCCCUUAGAGCAAUUUCGACAAUAGCCAACAAAAUGCCCGGCUUCCCAAUUCUAGGGAUCGGUGGAAUCGAUUCAGCAGAAGUGGCUCUACAAUUUCUGCAUUGUGGUGCGAGUGUUCUGCAAAUCUGCUCAUCUGUCCAAAAUCAAGACUUUACCUUAAUUGAAGAUUAUUGUGUUGGACUUAAGGCACUGCUCUACCUAAAGUCGAAUCCACCUCCUAAAAAUUCACAAUUCUGGGAUGGUCAGUCACCACCGGUUUCGAAGCAUCAAAAAGGAAAACCUGUUCUUCAUUUGACCGGUGAAGGCAAUAAAACCUUGGGAUUCUUAGGCCCUGCAAAGGACCAACGCGAAGAAAUAAUGCACAAUAUCCGUCAAGAAAAAGGCCCAAUGUGGAAGUUGAGCAAUGAUGAUGUGGCAUCUGUUAAUGGAGAUGGCCAAACAAAGCCUGUGCCAUCAGUAAAGGACAUUAUAGGACGUGCGUUACCCCACAUUGGAACUUACAAGAGCUUAGAUAAUAAAAAGCAAGCUGUUGCUUUGAUAGACGAUGAUUUGUGCAUUAAUUGUGGCAAGUGUUACAUGACCUGUGCAGAUUCAGGAUAUCAAGCUAUAACGUUCGAUCCUGAAACUCAUAUUCCUCAUGUGAAUGAUGAUUGUACUGGUUGCACACUUUGUGUAUCAGUUUGCCCUAUUAUUGAUUGCAUAAGCAUGGUACCGAAGAAGAUUCCACAUGUCAUCAAGCGAGGUCUUGGAGAAGAAAAGAAUUUCUAUACUCACGCAUUGAGUCCUGUACAAUAAAUAAUAGCCUAAUUGUUUUUUUUAUAAACAUGUAUAAAUAAAUUGAAAGUCCUUCAGAAACUAAA